AUGGCGUCUACCGAUUCAGCUCAGCCUCCAGGUCCCCCAUUGGAAGUUGAAGCCCCUCCCCCCGCAGACCAUGUCAUUCGUCCGCACCAUAUUGGACUGCUGACCGUCUUAAUGGUGGCAUUCAGAAACUCGUCGAUCAAAGACUUUCCAUCUCCAUUUGCCCUCCACCUCCUUCGCGUCUUGUUGAAUGAAAUCUCUGAGGUUGCCCAACACAAAUCGCAUGCGGAGUUAAUGUCUAUCAUCUCUACAGGCUCUGAGGGCCACCCCGCAGUAUUUUAUGAUUUCCAAAUGGCCAUCGCCACCAUCACCUUCGUUGCCUUUUCAAGAACCAGAAAAACAAGGAGCAACCACGUUCCCUGUUUGGAUUCUUUUGCCGCAGAUGCUUUGUGUCUUUCAGAAAACUCUCCUUCAUUGCACUUGACCGGCUUUGUCGAGAUUAUCAGGCAUGGUGUGCCGGAGACGCAACCGCUGGAUAUGAAAACUUUGAAAAAUCAAAUUUAG